CUGCUGGUACCGUCAGGCCGGGUUGCGGGUGCCGAGCCGGGGAGUCGGUGUAGAGUGCUGCGGGCUGGAAAGGGCAGAGCCCCGGGGCUAGCUCGUGGAGAACGCCCGAACCCGGGUGCAAACGGUGAGGAAGAGUCAGAAUAUGUGGCCAGAGGAAACUUGCCAACCAGUUAAUUGGCCUGCUAUCUCAUGUAAGAUGAAGUAUUUCUGCUUCCCUCGACUAUGGUAAUUGGGAGCAAAAUGAAUUCAAGAUGUGCUGACAGGAAUGACCACAGCAUUUUUGAUGGCCUGUUGGAUGAUGGUGAUAAGGAUAAAGCAAAAAGGGUGUCUAGAAAUAUAUCUGAGAAGAAAAGACGAGAUCAGUUCAAUGUGUUAAUCAAAGAGCUUGGCUCCAUGCUGCCAAGUAAUACUCGGAAAAUGGAUAAAUCAACAGUACUACAGGAAACAAUUGACUUUUUACAGAAGCACAAAGGGAUCACAGCGCAGUCCGUUGCCAGUGAAAUACACCAAGAUUGGAAGCCGGCAUUUCUUAUUAAUAAAGAAUUUACUCAGUUGAUGUUGGAGGCAUUAGAUGGCUUUUUUAUGGCAUUGACAACUGAUGGGAGUAUUAUAUAUGUGUCAGAAAAUGUGACUCCUUUACUUGAACAUUUACCAUCAGAUCUUCUGGAUCAAAAUCUUCUGACUUUUCUGCCCGAAGUGGAGCAUUCAACAGUUUAUAAAUUCCUCUCUUCUCAAAUAUUGGAAAGUGCUUCUUUGAUCCCAGAUUAUUUAAACUCCAACAAUCAUCUUGAAUUCUGUUGCCAUAUGCUCAGAGGAACAAUAUAUCCUAAAGAACCUCCGGUCUAUGAAUAUGUAAAAUUCAUAGGCACUUUAAAGUCACUGAAUAACUUGCCUUGUUCUGCCGAAAAUGGAUUUGGACGGCCUCUAAAGUCAGCAUUUGAAGGAAGAAUUUGCUUUUUAGCAACAGUCAGAUUAGCUACACCACAGUUUGUUAAGGAAAUGUGCACUAUUGAAGAGCCAAAUGAAGAAUUUACUUCAAGACACAGCUUAGAGUGGAAAUUUCUGUUUCUUGAUCACAGGGCACCUCGAAUAAUUGGCUAUUUACCAUUUGAGGUGCUGGGAACAUCUGGCUACGAUUACUACCAUGUGGAUGACUUGGAAAAUUUAGCAAAAUGCCAUGAGCACUUGAUGCAGUAUGGAAAAGGCAAAUCAUGCUACUACAGGUUUCUUACAAAAGGGCAACAAUGGAUGUGGCUUCAGACUCAUUAUUACAUUACUUAUCAUCAAUGGAACUCCAGACCAGAAUUUAUAGUCUGUACUCAUACUGUUGUAAGCUAUGCAGAAGUACGAGCAGAGAGAAGAAGGAAAAUUAGCAUAGAAGAGUUCCCAUCAGAAAAUAUGGCUGAUAAGGAUUCUAAAUAUGACACCAAGCUAAACACAGUCAGUCUCAAAGAAGCAUUGGAGCGAUUUGAUCACAACCAUACAAUAUCUGCUUCCUCCAAGAGCUUGAGGAAAUCUUCAUCACAUUCAUCAAUAUCUGAUGCAACCUCAACAUACUCAAAACAGCAAACCGAUGUAAGCACACCUCCACAACCAGCAAUAACAGAUCGUCAUGAAGCAACACCCCAGAGAAUGGCAUCACUGAGCAACCAGUUCUCACUGCAGUUAGGGGCCAUGCAACACCUGAAGGAGCAGUUGGAACAGAGGACGCGCAUGCUGGAAGCAAAUAUUCAGCGACAGCAAGAAGAAUUACAUGCAAUCCAAGAGCAACUUCAUCUUGUCCAAGGUCAAGAAUCCCAAAUAUUUUUGCAGCAACCAACAUCAAAUAUAAACCUUAAUUUGGUGCAGUUCGCAACAUCAAACUCUCCUGCCAUCCAGCAGCCUACAUUGAUUACAUUUCAGGGACAAUGUGUUCAGGCCAAUCAGUUUCAAGGUGCUGUCAAAACUGAUCCAAAUAGCUCACACUGUAGAGUGCAACAGCAAUCUCUGAUCAGUGAGGAAAGUUCUACUUCAGCACAGGUUCAGCCAAAUUUGCAAGCCAACUUCAGCCAGCAGAUGUCAGUUUCUAGUCAGGACGCCCAGACAUCCUCCCUCCCUAACACUGUGAUGACUUCUCAGCCCGCAGCAGCAGAUGCUGGGCAGCUUUCAUCUACUUUAUCCCAACAUUCCAUACAAAGUGCUGCAGUUACUACUUUUACUCAGGAUAGGCUGCUGCGCUUCUCUCAAGGCCAACAGCUCAUUACAAAGUUGGUAACAGCUCCAGUGGGAUGCAGUGCUGUUAUGGUUCCAACAACUAUGAUAAUGGGUCAGGUUGUGACAGCUUACCCCACUUUUGCCACUCAGCAACAAUCCCAGACAUUGUCAUCGACACGGUGCCAGCAAGAGCAACACCAGAAGCAGACAACCAUCGAUCAGCCAGAGUUUCAGACACUGACUCAACACUCUCCACAGUGGAUACAGGUUGGAAAAUACACCAUACUCACUACUGACUAUUCCAGUGUAUUACACAACUAUCCUGGAAAAAAGAACAUGUACAGGUACGUGGCUUGUGAUGAGAAAUGUAAGUUCUUUGAUACUUGUUGCUUCAUUAUGUAAAGAUGCACUGCCCAGUACUAACCAGUAUAAACAAUUUCGAAAUUUGUUUUAAAAAAUUGUUUUUGUCAGUAGUAACACAAGCUGUUCCUCUAGUUUGUAAAAUGUUGCAGCUGUAAUGGAAAAAUUGAAAGUCACUCCACUGUCAAAUACUUAAGUCAGAAUAUUUUUAAAAAGCUUUAUAAAUGCACCCUUUAUUGUAUAUUCUGUAAAAUGUGUAAAUAACUGGGUAAGGCAAGUAAUCAAUAUUAUAAAGCAUGCAAGUGUAAUCUGUGCAAGUUUAAAAAUUGCUUUAACUAUUACAGUAUUUUAUAAAGAUGUACAAACUAAUCUCUUUAAUAUGUUCACAAAUAAAUGGGAUCCCUUUCAUUUAUUUUACUAAAUGUUAAACCUGUCAAAAUUUGCUUUAUGGGAUUAAAGAUGUAUUUAAAUUGCAUCAAAUUUGAUAAUCUGAUCAGUUGAAAGGGUGCUCAAAGUGUUGACUAAGAAUGUUUUAAAUUAUUCAUCCUAGUUUUAUAAGACCCGAGACCAUAAGAUAUAUAGCAGAAUUAAGCCGUUUGACCCACAUCAUAGCUGAUCCAUUUUUCUCUCAAAAUAUCAAUCUCCUGCCUUCUCCCCACAUCCCUUCAUGCCCUGUCUAAUCAAGAAUCUAUCAACCCUUGCCUUAAAUAUACCUUCAGUAUCUUGGCCUCCACAACCUUCUGUGGCAACGAAUUCCAUAGAUUCUCCACUCUUUGGCUCAAGAAAUUCUUCCUCAUCUCUGUUCUAAAUGGACGUUCCUCUAUUCUGAGACUGUAUCCUCUGGACUCAGACUCCCACACCAUAUGAAACAUCCUCUCCCCAUCUACUCUUAGCAAGGCCUUUCAACAUUUAAGGCUUCAAUUAAAUCCCUCUUUCUUUUGAAUUCCAGUGAGUAUGGGCCCAGAGUCAUGAACCGCUCCUCAUAAGCCCUUCAAACCUGAAGUAAUUUCCUUGAACCUUCUUUGAACUCCCUCCAGCGUCAGCACAUCCUUUCUUAGAUUAAGGGCCCAAAACUGCUCACAAAGCUCCAAGUGAGGCUUCACCAGCAUAUUCUAAAGCCUUCACAUUAAUUCCUUGCUUUUACAUUCUAAUCCUCUCAAAAUGAAUGCUAACAUUGCAUUUUCCUUCCUCACCACUGACUCAAAUUAACCUUUGGAUAUCCUGCACGAGGACUUCCAAGUUCCUUUGUGCCACAGAUUUUUAAAUUUUCUCUCCAUUUAGAAAAUAAUCUAUGAUUUUAUUUAUUCUAUCAAAGGGCAUGACCAUACACUUCCUGACACUCUUAUCCAUCUGCCACUGCUUUGCCCAUUCUUCUAAUCUGUCUAAGUCCUUCUGUAGCUGCUCUGCUUCCUCAAGACUACCUGCUCCUCCACCUAUCUUUGUGUCAUCUACAAACUUGGCCACAAAGCCACCAAUUUCUUCAUCCAAAUCACUGACGUGUAAAAAGAAAAGGUCCCAAAACAGACCCCUGUGGAACACCACUAGUCACCAGCAGCCAACCAGAAAAGGUUCCCUUUAUUCCCACUCUUCAUCCUGUAAUGCCAUUGGCUCUUAACUUAUUGUGCAGCCUCAUGUUUGGCAUCUUGUCACAUCCACUGAUUCUCCUUUUUCUAUCCUGGUAUUUCUUCAAAGAAUUCCAUUUGUCAGGCAAGAUUUUUCAUUUAAUAAACUUUGCUGAAUUUGGCCCAUUUUGUCACGUGCCUCCAAAUACCCUGAAACCACAUCCUUAACCAUCGACUCUGACAUCUUUUCAACCACUGAGAUCAGACUAACUGGCCCACAAAUACCUUUCUUCUGCCUCUUUCCCUUCUUGAAGAGUGGAAUGACAUUUGCAAUUUUCCAGUCCUUUGGAACCAUGUCAGAAUUCAUUGUUUCUUGAAAGAUCAUUAUUAAUGCCUCUACAAUCUCUUCAGCCGCCUCCUACAGAACCCUGGGGUGUACACCAUCUGGUCCAGGUGACUUAUCUACCUUCAGACCCAAGCAUCUUUUCCCUGGUAUUGGUAACUUCAGUCACUUUUGCCCACUGACACACUCAAAUGUCUGGCAUUAUGCUUAUUCAGUCCACAUAUUGUUUCCUUGUCCACCAUUACUACCCCUCCAGCAGUCCCAAAUCUACUUUCACCUCUCUUACAUUUUAUUUAUCCGAAGAAACUUCAAGUAUCCUCUUUACUAUCACUGGCUUGUUUACCUUCAUAUUCCAUCUUUUCCUUUUUUGAUGUUUUUUAGUUGGUUUUUAAAAGCUUCCCAAUUCUCUAACUUCCCACUGAUUUUUGCUCCAUUAUACACCCUCUCUUUGGCUUUUACGUUGGCUUUGAAUUCUCAUCAGCCAGUUGCAUCAUCCUGCCUUCAGAAUACUACUUCUUUGGGAUUGUUUACCUUGCACCUUCUAAAUUGCUCCUAGAAACUCCAGCCAUCAUCUCUGCUAGUGUUCCCUUCCAAUCAAUUUUGGCCAGCUCCUCUAUCAUGCCCCUUUACUAUAUUAUAAUACUGAUACAUCUUAUGUUAACUUCUCCUUCUCAAAUUGCAGGGUGAAUUUUAUGAUUAUUGCCUCCUUUAAAGCGUUCCUUUACCUUAAGCUCUCUCAUCCAUUCUAGUUUGUUGCACGACACCCAAUCCAGAAUAGCUGAUCCUCUAGUGGGCUCAACCACGAGCUGCUCUAAAAUGCCAGCUCAUAGGCAAUCUAGAAAGUCCCCCUCUUGGGAUCCAGCACCAACCAGCAUUUUCUACCUCCUGUUUUCAUUUGUAAACCUCAUCUUUGCUACUGUUUGGAGCUCUGUAUGUAACGCCCAUCAUGGUCUUACUUACCCUUGCAGUUUCUUAGUCCAACCCACAAUGAUUUUACUCCUUCCGCUCCCUAUCUCACUUCUACCCUUUUUUUAAACCAGCAGAGCCACCCCAGCCCUUCUGCCUAUCCUUUUGAUACAAUGUGUAUGAUUAGUUUGCUUGAAAUCUCUUGUAAUUCCUUUCUCAUUCAACUUUAAUUCCAAUUAAUUGCAGCUGAAUUGGGCAAGACUACUAUUGCAGCAUUGUUCCAUGAUGUAAAUGAUGUGUACAAAAUGUGCAUUAAGUGAAUGUAAACAUUUAUUACAUUUUUCUAAUAAAGAUCUCAAACUUAGUACUGCUUUUGAUUUCACUUUCAUGGUUUUUAAUUAACAAAAUAAUUAAUGAACCCAUUAAAAUUAUUUAUGUACAACUAAAACUAAAUAUGUCCAUAUUCCUAAAACCUUGUUGUACAAUUUUUAUUUAGUCAAUUAUUUGAUUAAACAAUAGAAACAUUCCUAAUUGUUGGGAUCUAGACAACUUUAAAAGGAAUACAACACUUUUUAUAAAUAAUAGUAUUGAUCUCUUGGAACUCGAGGUUCAGGUUUUCAAUUAAAACUAUCUGCAGAACUAACUGCAGAUGUUAAUAAGGAUAACAUUUCAAAGGUAUCAUAUUGAACAUUCAAAAUGACAAAAUUAGUUUUAAUAUUAUGUCCCUAAACAAGAAACCACAGCACCUCCACCUUCUAAGAAGAUUGAGGCAAGCAAGGCUCCCCAUUCCCAUAAGUGGGUAUUACAGGAGCACCAGAGAGCCUCCCGACUUAAUCGCCACCUUGUAUUGGAGCAGCCAAGCAUUGGACCUCGCGUCCCUACAAAGGACAGUGAGAACAACUGAGAGGAUCAUAGAGGUCUCCCAACCAUCCAUCAGAGACAUUUAUCAGGAACGCUAUGUAUGCAGGACCCUUGGUAUUAAGGAUCCCUCCCAUUCAUUCAGCAUCCUCUCUGACUUUCUACCAUCAGGCAGGAGACUCCGAUGAUUAAAAAAACAACUUCAGGAUGGGAAUCCGUUUCUUGCCCCAAUUCAUUAUCCUUCUGCACUCAUUGCCGCAUUGUAUUCAAUGUGUCACUGGUUAAUCUGUUCUGUACCUUACAAUAUUUGAUUUAUGCACUUUAGUUUGUUAUUUAUACAUGACUCCUCUGUAGAUUUUAUCCUUACCUUUAUAAGUUAUUGCGUGUGUUGUGUACUACUGUGCUCUACACCCUGAUUUAGAGAAAUGUCAUGUUUCUAUGUAAUUACAUGGUUAUAUGAUAUAUACAUAUAUAUAGUUAAAUGACAAUAAAUUUGACUUGAUCGACAAUUUUGCCUUGGCAUUUUGUUUGAAAGAAAAGGUGCUUUAUUAUUUACUUUUAAACAUUGACCCUGGUUGAUAAAUACUAAAUCUUUGUAUGUCACUGGCUGCGCCAAGCUUGUGAUUUUUGGGUCUAACCAGCAGCAAUUUGAUAUUGUAUGUUUAAAGCAGGCUUGGAGGCAAGGAAAAUGAGUAAGAGGAGAAACUAAUAGAUCUAUGCUUA